GUGCCUUCCGGGUGCUAGUUGUUAGUGUAAUUGUUGGUUUUCUACAAAGUUUCUUGGAGACAGUUUAAAAAAUGAAUUUGAGGUCAAACACAUGGUCAGUUUUGUCCAUAAUGAAGCUUAUUAUUUUGUUGAUUUACACACCGUUUGUAUACACAGAGAAUCACAUUGUCAUCACCACAUACACUGGAGUAAAAGGCAUUGAUGAUUUCCUAUCAUUUUUUGCUGUAUCUACGCUGGAUGGACAGCAGUUGGAUUAUUAUGACAGUGAUACACAGACACUUAUUCCCAAGCAGAAGUGGUUAAAAUAAUUUAAAUCCACAGACAUGUGGAAUGAAGACACAGAGAUCAGAAAAUAUGUGCAGCAAAUCUACAAAAUCAACAUUGAUGUGCUAAUGUCACGCUUCAAUCAAUCAGAUGGUAUUCACACUUAUCAGAGGACGUAUGGCUGCAGUUGGGAUAGUGAGACUGAAGAAUCGUAUGGGUUUGAUCUGUACGGUUAUGAUGGAGAAGACUUUAUCACACUAGAUGUGAAAGAGGCCAGAUACAUUGCAGCUUUACCACAGGCGAUUCCCACCAUGCACAAGUGGAAUCAAGACAGAGGGCAGAUUGAGUUACUGCAACAUUACUACAAAUAUGAAUGUGUUUACUGGUUAAAAUACUUCUUGAACUUAAGGAAAGAUGCUUUAAAGAGCACAGCCCCUGAAGUGUUUUUGCUACAGAAGAGCCCGUCCUCAGCUGUGUACUGUCAUGCCACUGGUUUCUACCCAUCAGACGUGAGGAUUUCCUGGAUGAAAAAUGGAGAAGAUCAGUAUGAGGAUGUGGAGAUUGGAGCACUUUUACCAAAUGAAGAUGGAACAUUCCAGAGGACAAGUACACUCUUGGUAGAUCCGGAAUACUGGAAGAAGGACGAGUACAUUUGUGUGGUGGAGCACAAGAUGAAGAAUAUCCAGAAGAUGUUAAGUGUACAUGAGAUUAAGAGUAACGACGGGCCUGACAUAUUAUUCUUCGUCGCACUAUCUGUGGUGGUAAUGCUGAUUAUGAUCAUACCUUUUGCUCUGAAAUGUGCUGUACGCCCAAAAAAUCUGCAAGACACGUUUGAGCAUCAAAUCCAUUACAACACCUUUGACAAACAUGCAUAAGGAAUGGUCUGCAGAUACCAAGACGUCAGUCCAGUUGGGCAUCUUUGGCACGUGGAAGAGCGAAACUAUUUAUAGUUGGGGGAAUAAAAAACUAUCCUUAUUAGGGUUGCCAUGUCGCUGUGUUCUUCCUCUGCACUAUAUCCCUCAAACAUUUGAUUCAUGUUUACUCUUAUUAAAGUCUUGAGAAAGGUCAUAGGAACACAUGAGAAACAAUGGCAAUAUUGACUUGAUUGGCAACACAAAUGGCCCUAUAUUUGUGCUCAGUGAUGAUGAAAGUUUGUUGCACUCUUUCAUAACGUUUAUAUGUGUGUGAUAUUAUGUUGCUGUUAUUUAAAUGUAUUUUUAAAUUAAAUAUUA